UAAAAAUGAUAAAGCUUCGGGUUCUCCCUACUAGUACUGCACCCUCCCACUUUCUCACUUUUCUCUGGUUAACCUGACCUCCUUCCAGAACGGAAGUGGUUUGCGAAACUAUAUGGAGAAGAGAGACAUGCAGCUCUUCCAAAUCUUCCAUAUCUUCACAUUUUCAACAAUCAGACCUAGCUAGACAGGUCAUUGUGCAUGUCUUUCUAGACAGCAGUGGACGGUAGCUUAAAGGAUCAGGCACCGGGAUCACAAUGAGCCCUCGUGGGAACCUGACCCAUCAUGACAGCCAUCAUGACGAGGAGAUGAGCAAUGAGAGCAUGCACAGCGUUACGAGCACAAACAGUGUUAUAAGUUCCAGCACUACAACAAGUUUGCAGGAUGUUGAACUUGCUGAUGGUUCCACCAAUCCACAGGAAGCUCUAAACGCCGGGAAGAAGAAGAGAACUUUGAAGCGAGUCAACUUGAUCGAAAGCAAGAUUAUCGAGAGCCUGAAAGUGGCCAGGGACCUUCUGUUUUCGUCCUCCUUGCAGGGCAUGAAUCCUGUAGUGCUGUGCAUCCUCAUAACGGAAGCGGCCGAACGAUUUGCCUUCUACGGUUUUCGGGCAUCUUUGGUGCUGUACUUUACUCAGGAACUCAAAAUGGACGACACGACAGCCAUUAGUCUCUUCGCUUUCGCUUCCUACGUGGCCAAUUUUACCCCCAUCUUUGGAGCCGUCUUGGGCGAUGGCAAGCUGGGGCGAUUUCAGACGAUUGUGGCGUUUGGGUUCGUCUACUGGCUGGGGUUGAUCGUCUUGACACAUGCCGCUUUCUUGAGCAAUCACACGGUAGCCCAGCUGCGCGUCAAACGAAUUGUGACCGUUUGUGGACUUGCCCUGAUUUGUACAGGAACAGGCGGCAUCAAACCGUGCGUAUCAAUCUUUGGAGCGGAUCAAGUCCAAACUAAGAAAGAUCCAGACAAAAAGACAGAUGCAAUCAACGAUGUCUCGCGUCCAUCGGAUGCCACCCUGACAUCUACCACCUCCACCACAAUGGACCCAGAAGAGCAAGAAAAGGUUCGAACCUUCUUUUCCUUCUUUAGCAUGUGUAUCAAUCUGGGAGCCGUCGCUUCCUUUGUUAUUAUCCCGACUAUCAAAGGAUCGCUCGGCUUUGGGGCCGCCUUCCUAGUCCCCACAGUCUUUAUGUGCUUUGCAAUUCUGGUCUUCACCUCCCAGCGACACAACUAUGUCAUUCGACCGCACAAUCCGCAUGGGUCCUCACUAUACACAACCUUUCGAUUGUGCCUGUGGUUGUUGCACAACAAUCUGUGGGCAAACAAGUUCAUCUCCCGAAACUUCCCAAGUUUGGAACCAGGGCCGGUUCCACUUCCCAGUGUCUUACCUCAGAGAGCCGACAUGCCAGGCAUGGAAGGCCUAAGUGUCGCCAUGGGGAAUGACGAAGACCAUGCUUCUGUAUCUUCGGUGUCUAUGAGCACCAUGCGCAGCUUGAGUAGGAGUAUUGGACGCAGUCUGAGCCGCACUCGCAACCGAAGCCGCAGUCGGUCUCGAAGUAGCCCAGAAUCUCGAAGAACGUUAAACACAGAAGACAUGCCCUCGGAUCAUCCGCUCCGCAAUGCCAAUCGAAACAACAGGAACAACAACGUGGGGAAUGGGUUGGAAGUCCCCAGUCGGAGUCCCAGCCAGACCUCAUCGAGUCGAAUGAAGUCAAGUUCUCGACGGAGGUCUCGGAGCAGGAAACAUGCGACUGAUCCGUCUCCUCGCAGUCGUUCCAUCUCAGCUGCUUCAUUGCAAACCAGCGACCGAUAUCUCGCUCAACAACUGAGUGACGCGGCGCGAGCUCUGAAUGUUCUACCUGUCUUUGCCAUGUUGCCUUGCUUUUGGAUGCUCUAUGAUCAGCAAGGGUCUGUGUGGACACUGCAGGCCAGCCGCAUGAAUCUGUACGGAGUCAUUCAACCUGAACAAAUCAACGUUUUGAAUCCUAUCGGGCUAUUUGUGUUGAUCCCGGUAUUCGACAGGGUUGUGUACCCAGCAUUGCAAAAGAGAGAAAUCGACAUUUCACCGCUCCGCAGAAUGGGGUGGGGCAUGGUCUUGGUUUCCUCUGCGUUCUACAUCAGUGGAAUUGUGGAAUAUGUGAUCGACUACCGGAUUCAGAACGGGUUAUCUCCAAUCUCGGUUGCAUGGCAGAUUCCUCAGAUCUGCCUGAUGACCGUGGCCGAAAUCUUCAUCUCCGUAACAGGACUGGAAUUUGCAUACAGUGUGUCGCCAGACCGGCUCAAGUCUUUCGUCAUGGCGGCGUACCUAUCAACGAUUGCCAAGGGUGACUUUUGGGGUGGCGUUUUGUAUUCCACCGUCUUUCGAGAUAUGAACCAGGCUGUGGUGCUGCACAUCUUCUCGGUGCUGAUGAUGUUCAAUCUAAUCUUUUACGGGGUCGUUGUGCGAAACUGGGAAUUGAGGCAUGGUCUAGUUUCGUGGGACCUGUUUGACAAAGUGCUGGAAACCGAAUCGAGGCAACGACCAUGCUGGAGAAGCCAUCACCGCCAAUACCUCAACGCCAUGGAAGGUGCUGUUGUCACCCAGCCUGAGGAUCCACCAUCUGGAAAGAAGGAACGAUCCCGAGGACGCGCUAGGUACCGAAGACGUGACGUGAAGCGAGACAAAGGGGCGAAAAAGAAACGUGAUCCCGCAUCAAAGAAGGAGGGAUCGAAACGACGGCGAAACAAGAAGAGCUCGUCGUCGACAUUUUCUUCGAAACAUUCAAAACACCAGCUAAAGCACUUGGACGCUACUCCACCAGCAAUGGACUAAGUAAUAGUAAUCAGUUUCUGGUACGAACUUCCAUCCAAGCACCCAAGAAAAAAUCUAGCUGACUCGCAAAUCUUUACUACCUUACAUGCCUUUAGCACAUUGAAGA